UAUUUCAGUACCUGUUCAGUUGAUGUUAUUUUUCUUCUCUAUGAAGUGCAAGAUGUUGAAGCUGAGCAGUGACAUCACAAUAAGGCAUUAAAGUAAAAGUCUUCACUAGAAUAUUGUGAUGUAUUUACUGUAUCUCAUCUUACAUGCUAGUUUUAAAUUGAUUUUUCUUCUGAUCUUUAUCCUGAAUUAUCUACUUAAUAAUCUCCAUGAAGAUACUAUAAAGUAGUGCCUGAAGAUACUGAAUCAGUCUGAGAAAAGAAUUUAAUUCAGAACAACAAUAAUGAGAUGCGUUCCCAUAUUAUACGACAGUUGACCAGGCUGGCACAAAUAUACGCUUAUGGUGGUCACAAACUUUUAAUAGUCAACACAAUUAGCUCUGGACUCUUAUUAGGAGCUGCAGAUAUAAUACAGCAAUCUUUGGAGCGAAGGAAAAAGGAAAAACCAUGGGAUAUUGACCGUACAUUUCACAUGUUAGUCACUGGAUGUAGCACUGGACCACUCCUGCAUUACUGGUAUUUAUGGAUAGACAAAAUAAACCCAAGAAAAGGAGUUCAGAAAUUUAAAGUUGUCAUUACGAAGGUAGCAAUCGACCAGACCUUUGCUCCAUUUUUUGGAGGUUGGUAUUUCAUAAUCAUGGCACUGCUUCAAGGCCAUAGUUUGGCAGAUGGCAUUGAUGAAUUUAGACAGAAAUUCUGGGACUAUUAUUUGGCAGAACUCGCUAUUUGGCCAGCAGCUCAAAUGUUUAAUUUUCUAUAUCUUCCCUCAAAAUACCGAGUGUUGUUUGUGAACGUAGUGACAUUGGGAUGGAAUGUCUACCUUUCAUAUCUGAAACAUCGAAGUUGAGGAUUGGAAAGAAUUGGAAGCAAAAUAGUCAAAGAGGAAACACUUCCUUAAAGAUGAUUGCAUUAGCUAAAAAUAUACUAUAUUCAGAUUUGAAAUAGUCUCAGUGGAAUUGUAUUAUUUUGUUCCUUAUAACCUUGAAAAAGGUUAAACUAGAUAAAUGAUUUAUGCUAGUUCUUCUGAAUAAACUUUUUUUUAAUGAAUGCUCAGGUAUUACUGCAUUCGAUUUAUUUAAAGUACAUGCACAUCAUUUUUCAAUAAGUUGUCUUUAAAAAUCCUUAAAAGUGAUAGAGUUUAAUACAGAUCUGAUGCAAACAAAUUUGGUCUAUUUGCAAAUUGGUUUCCACUUGACUUGGAAACAUUUCAUCUGAACAUAUUAUGUGUUUUCCAGUUUUUUGUUUGCUCACAGUUCUAUGAUAGCUCUGGGGUUUUCCUAUCGUUAGGCUAUUUGAAACAAAAAUAAAAUAAAAGCAGGGAUAUCAAAAAACAAUUAUACAAUUAUUUAAUUUAUUAUUCUAAUUUUUCAUAGUUCUGCCUUAGAUCAUCUCAGUCUGUGCUUGCUUGUUUAUCAGUUGUUCUGUGGCCUCAUGGCAGUUUGCACUUUUCUCUGCUUCUGUUCAAUGAUAAUUACCCAUGAGAUAUUAUUGCUUGAUUGUUCUCACAAUCUGAAGUUUUAGUUACAUUUGUUAAGAUAAGGAAUGGCAUGUGUAGAUUUGCAAAAUAUGAAUGUUGUAUGUAUUUUAAAUAGA